AGUCUAAAACAGCGCGUCUCUUGCUUCUGAUUCACUUUCUGUCUGUGGCGCUGUAUAAUCUCUUCAAAGUAGACCACAGCUAAUACAGACGAAACAACGUGUGACAUUUUUCGCUAAACAUAAAAUAUAAGAAAGGAAUUGCUGCUUAUCGCUGAAGAUGGAUCCAAUCCGAGUCGCAAACAAAUCUGUGUCUGUUUCUAUUUUAAUAAAAGAAACAAUGAAAACCAAAUUUAUCAACGGCGUUUCUUCAUCCCCCUCCAUGUCGCUGGGGCUGCUGGUGACGGAAAACGCCCUACACGUCCAGCCCAAAGUCCAGGAGGAAUGUAAGGAGCUGAUGCGCCCCGAGCAGCUCGAUCUAGACACCAGGCGCAAUGCUUACUGCUGGUGCAGGGAAUUUCUGCACGGAGCCUGGAAACGGCUGACGGAGGACAACUUCCAAAUCACCAUCAUAAGGGGUGGUCUGAGCAACAAACUCUUCCUGUGCAGUCUCCCUGACUGCAUGGACACUGUUGGGGAUGAGCCAAGGAGCAUCUUGCUGCGCCUUUAUGGGGCCAUUCUGCAGAUGUCGUGUAAUAAGGGGGAAUCCAGACUGUCAAACAAAGAGAAUCACUUUCAAGGGGCUGAGGCCAUGGUGCUGGAGAGUGUGAUGUUCGCCAUUUUAGCUGAGAGAGAGCUAGGACCCAAACUCUAUGGGAUUUUUCCUCAGGGACGACUGGAGCAGUACAUCCCAAGUCGUAAGCUGGAAACCUGCGAACUAAGUGCUCCCAGUAUCUCAGCAGAGGUGGCUGAAAAGCUGGCCAAGUUUCAUGGGAUGAGGAUGCCGUUCAACAAAGAACCGAAAUGGCUGUACGGCACCAUGGAAAAGUACCUGAGUCAAGUGAUGAGGCUCAACUUCACCAUGGAGUCCCAGCUGCGCCUCUACAAUCACCUGCUGAGCUACGAUCUGCCUCAUGAGAUGGACACUCUCAGGGCACUGCUGAGCUCCACACCAUCUCCUGUUGUGUUCUGCCAUAACGACUGCCAGGAAGGUAACAUCCUGCUGCUGAAGGGUGGUCAGAGCUCUCAACAGAAACUGAUGCUCAUCGAUUUUGAGUAUAGCAGCUACAAUUACAGAGGCUUUGACAUUGGCAAUCAUUUCUGUGAAUGGAUGUACGACUACAACUGUGAUGAGUUUCCUUUCUUCAAAGUGAACACUCAGGCUUACCCCACCAAAGCCCAGCAAAUGCUUUUCAUUGAAAGCUAUCUGAGUGAGUACGAGCAUGAGUUUGAUAACAUGGAUGAAGAGGACCAAAUGAGGCUGAAAGAGGAGAUGUUUGUGGAGGUGAACAGGUUUUCACUGGCUUCGCACUUCUUCUGGGGGUUAUGGUCCAUAAUUCAGGCCCGACUUUCCACCAUCAAAUUUGGAUAUCUAGAAUAUGCCCAGGCCAGAUUUGAAUCGUAUUUCCAGCAGAAGAGGUUGCUGGGCAUAUAAACAGCAAAUGAGUUGGUGAAUCACAGCCAAAGGCAGUGGAGAUUCAAGAGGAUUCCACUCGCUUUACUUACACUCCCUGCAGCAGAGGUUUCAGGCUGUGUUUGGUUUUGACCAAAGCCUUAUCUUCUUGUAGCCAAAUGCUUAAAGUAUGCUAUACUAUCCAUUGCAGCUCAAAGUUUACAUUGUGUAACUCUUUGAAAGCCAACAGUGAUACCAUCAUUGUACUAACAUGUACAGUCAGCUUCUGCCUUUUGAGACCACACUAAUGCAGGAGUUACAUUUGAGCUGGACAGAUGCUACAGUUAAAUUAGAAAUGUUAAACAUCAGUGUUGGCCCUUACACAUUGUGGGGAUGAACCAAAAUGUGAACUACUCUUUGUAGAUUGCUGCUAACUGACACAGCCAGUUGCUAACUAGUAUGUAUAUUAUAUAUAAAUAUUAUUGUGCCAGUAUCCUGGCCCUUACUGUUACUUGGGGCCUGGCCAAAUUGUGACUUGACUGUGACAGGCCACACUGGUUCACACUUGGUGUUAAUUUCUCUCUUAAAUCUUCUAUAUUAUUUUAUAAGAAUUAAUACUUUUUGUCACAUUUCCAUAAGCCUGUUCAUGUUUAAAUCGAUAAGCCUCAUCAAACAACAUACAGCAAACUUCAUUAAAUGGGUGGUUCUUGUUACUCCCUACACAAAUGUUUACAGACACUUUUCUAACCUUAUUAAUGUGAACCACUGAGAAGUGUACACAUGGAUUUAACUUAUCAGCAUCUUAUCUACACUGCAUUUUAAGUCUGAGCCAAAACAUUCCACGUUUAAUCUCUUUAUUCUAACAUAAUGCCAUUUAGGUGAUUUUUAAACAGCUGCAGUGGUAACAUACACAUGCACUGUUUUUGUGGAUACUGUUUAUAUCAGUCUGAGGGGGUGGUUUAACCCAGAUACACUAUAGACUACAAAUGGUUAAUACAGUUGGCAAAUGUAUUGGUAAUUUAUAUAAGAUACUCAAAACUCAGUCCUUGCUUCAAACCAACAUUAUUAAAAAUGGGUUUUAACAAUACAUGUUUUACAGGCUUUUGUCAUGUAUAACACAAAGACUACUAUCAUGCUAUAUGUUUAAGCUAUGGCCAGUGGCUCUGAAUGGUAGUAGGCUCUGGUUUCCUCUGACUUGUGAGCCUCUGAGGUGUGUGAGGCAAAGGUAGAGUAGAGACAAACUGUUAGUAACUGGACUGGGACUAUCCACAACAGUUUGAAUGUCUAUUGAGGCACUUUAAAGUUAUCGACCCACUGUUUGCAUGUGGGGCUGUUGGAAAUGUUUAUUUUUUAUAGUGUAUUAUGUGUUAUGAAAAUAAUGGAUUCAUGUAUAUGGGGCUAGUGGGUUGGGGGGAAGAGACAUGUAAUUGUUUUUUAUAAAUGAGUAGCAGGGGAACAGUCUUUGGUACAUUUCAGUAUUUUCUCUAUUGGGGCAACAUUACAGUGUUACAUAUUAUGUAUGUUAGGAGUCAUGCAAGUCUGUAAACAUUAUCAUAUAUAUAUUUUUUUUUCACAUUUCUAAGUGUUUGUUGAUCUGCUGAUUUUGUACAUUCCAUACCUGUCCAUUGCUAUUAUAAAUAACACAUUUGUAUUAUGAUAUGUAACAGGUUCAUCCAGUGACUUCACACAGUUUAGAACAAACUCCACACUCAAAUUCACUCAAAACAGUUUCAUGUAUAGAUUAAACAAAUCGCCUUAGUCUUAUAGCAUACACUUUGUUUAGUGCUGCAACUAUACAACACCUAUAGGAGUAAUAUUUUGGGUGCCAAUGUAUUCAUCUGAAUUAUUUACAAAAUAAUAAUGAGCUGUACAUAUUGCAUAUGCUUUGCAACAAUAAAAUAUAAAUAACAGUUUAGUCUC